AUGAGGACGAUCGUGUCGCGGUCUAUGCCCAGGGCGGGUGGAGGACACGAUGACCACCCUCACUUGGUGUUCGAGACGGCCAAGGAGCCCUUCACCAAGUUUAGCGCGGGCCUGAUCGUGGGUGGAGGUGUAUUCGCGGGUAUCGGAAUCGUGGUUGGUGCUAUCACGCACCAGAACUACAAGCACGGUUUUGGGGGGAAAAAGUAAUUGGGCUCCCGGAUACAGACCAAGGGGGGGGGCCCCGGCGCAAUUGUUGUUUGGGGGGGGGGGGGGGGGAUGCACACAUGAAGAGCAUGGGCAUGCUCAACCGCGGUGGUUCGAUAUCUUGGACCGAACGCACUGUUUUGAAGGCUAUGGUGCACGCCUGAACAUGUUGGCAGUCUUCAUGCAUACCAUGUUGACGCGGUUGUCAACAAGGAUGGCAAGGAUUUAUUUCAUUUUUUUGGCAUGGGAUCUUGGCGAUGUCUCACGUAAGGCGGCUGCGUUACAUCUAUGACUGCGUUACAUCUAUGACGAAAACCAACGUUGGGUUGAUAACGAAUGAUGAUAUGGUCAUCACGACCCCCAGUUGUAGUUUUGUCCCAGAGGAGCGUCCUGGAUACGUGAAACAAAUAUCGCUUAGUUGGUGGACAGGGGGUCAGCCUAAAAUCGGCCCGCAUUUGUAAGGCUCAGAGGGCCCCAAAUGUACCCCUCCCACGUUCCUUCAAAAAUACAUUCUUUUUUUUCAAAAGGUACAUCUGCCUUCGUGUGUGGGUUUGGGGCUGGCCGCGUAUGUUUGUUGCCAUGACGCUUGUCCCCGGUUGGUGAGCAAUUUAUCGUGAGGUGACGCGGGGAAUACCGUGCAGCUGCAGCAGCUGCAGCACUCGGUAGCCGUCCUCGAAUUCAGACGCGGUGGCGUUCUAGGGAAAAUCGCUCUGAUGGAGAAACCUACCUUGUUUUGAU